CCCACCGAGGGCUCACCAUCAGCAACCCCUUCGGGCCUUAGACCAGCCGUGGGCACCGAUGAAUGGCACAAAGUGCGCCGCGACAACCACAAAGAAGUCGAACGUCGUCGCCGUGAAACGAUCAAUGAGGGCAUCAACGAGCUCGCUAAGAUCGUACCCGGUUGCGAAAAGAACAAGGGAAGCAUUCUCCAGCGUGCGGUUCAAUUCAUCACUCAGCUCAAGGAAAAUGAAUCACAAAACAUCGAGAAGUGGACGCUGGAGAAGCUCCUGACCGAGCAAGCUAUUGCUGAACUGAGCGGAUCCUGUGAUAGACUCAAGGCCGAGUUGCAUCAAGUCUACAAAGAACAAGAUGCCUGGAAAAGAUGCGCUCAACGUGCUGGGCUG